AUUUCGAUUAUAAUCACAAUUUUGUUGUGCCAGGUGGAACAAAUUCAGCUUAAAGCGAACCGCAAUAACGUGCUGGGAGUGCAGUCGAAAAUUCUCGCAAUGAAAGUGGCGAGAACGCUAACCGUUCUAGGUUCCCUAGUUAUUAUACUUGGCCUUAUAUUAACAUACAACUGGAUGACAAAUCGUAGGCCCAUCCGAGCCAUAGCCAAAGAACAUAUAAACCCGAAUCAUAAGCCGAAGAAAGCACUUCCUCUUCCAAAAAAACCAAUUCAAAAAAAGGCAAACAAACCCAAGAAAACAGUGAAGCAUCAAAAGGUGAAAAAGCAACACAAGCCGCUGACCCAUAAACCCAAAUUUAAAACGAAAAAGGGGGCUAAGGUUCCUGCAAUUCCCCUGCUGGAUAUUCUUAAGGCAAAAAAUCAGCCGAGACGUGGGAAAAGUAUAUUCUUUCAUGAAACCACUAAUUUCCGGAGGGACGAGAAGGUCCGACUGGUCCAAUUGACGGCCCGCGAGGCGUGUGCCAUUGAGUCGGCCGCCCUUUAUAACCCACGCUUCACUGUAUUUGUGCUCUUCGCAGGUGCCACUCAUCGCCUAUCAAGUGGUGAUCCGCUGAUCAAGGCUUUAAGUCGAUAUAAGAACAUAAGACUUAGGCAUCUGAAUGUGGGGCGGUUUGUAGCCGGUACUCCCAUUGAAAAGUGGCUGAAAAAUGGAAAACUGUUCAAAUCCAAAUAUCUAUUUUCGCACGUCUCCGAUCUUUUGCGCUACGUUACCCUAUACAAAUAUGGUGGUUUGUACUUGGAUCUCGAUGUGGUGGUUCAGCGAAGCCUGGAGGAUAUGCCACCGAAUUUCACGGGGGCUGAGAGUAAUAAAUCCUUGGCCUGCGGCGUCAUGAAAAUGUCCUCCACCGGUUUGGGCCAUAAGAUUGCCAGCUUGUGCCUGCGGGAUCUGCAGGCCAACUACGAUGCCAAUAAAUGGGGCAGCAAUGGGCCCGGGGUCAUAACCAGAGUGGCUAAAAAGCUGUGCAACACCGAUACAGUCACGACAAUGAUCAAUAACCCAAAACGCUGCAAGGGCUUUAAGGUUUUCAAUCCAAAAGCCUUUUAUACCAUUCCCUGGCUACAAUGGAAGGAUUUCUUUCAACCCAAUAGACUAAAUGUAACCAUGAAAAGAAUUUCAAAGUCUCCGGUCAUUCAUGUUUGGAACAAGUUCUCACGCGGCUGGAAACUAAAGACAAAGGACAAUUGUGCUUACACCAAAUUGGCCAAAACACACUGCCCAAAGUCAUUUGGGGCAGCGGGAACCUAUUUCUAGAUCAAUUUUGUUUAGUUCUUAGUUUUUUCUGGUAAAAAUCUAAUUCGUUAAGUAAAAAAUCUAUUAAAAAAUGUUAAUGAAGUUUACAUGAACAAGUCGUACUUGAUCAGCAUAAGAAACCCCACUAUAUUAGCAUUUAUACAAUUUUAGAGAGACAUCAAAUGUUAUUUUUUUAGAUAAAUAAUUGUUUGAUAUUUUUAAAGAUGAUUUAUUUACAUAGCAACCAAUUUGAAGAACUACUAAGCAAAAUAUUUAAGUAAAAUUUUUAUUCAAAUUC